UCUCAGCAUCCUAGAUUGAAAGUAGGUCAGUAGCUGAUGCUGAGCUGGAAGUGAUAAAAGAAAGAAGACUGACACUGCACGCAUUAUUUUAGACUAACCAUGGCUUCAUUGGUCCUAGUUACAGAUGCUACUAGCUUCACAUCUGCUCACAUUAUCAAGCAGUUACAAGAUGAAGGGUACCAGGUGAGGGGAACUGUUGCAUCCCUGCAAGACGAAGAUGCUAGAAUCAAAGUUUUACAGGAACUUGUUCCUGAAGCCAAAUAUAAGCUGGAGGUUGUGGAAGUUGAUCCUGCCAAGCCAGAAGCUUGGGAGAGUGCAAUGAAAGAAGUCCAGUUUGUAAUUCAUGCAUUAAAACCGAUAGCAGCUUUACCUCCUGCUGCUGAUGGUGAAGCACCAGUACAGCCUGCAGUUGAUGCUGUACAGCAUGUAUUCAAAGCCAGUGUUGGUGCUAAGACAGUCAAAAGAAUUGUGCUCACAAGCUCAUAUCAGACAAUUACAGCUGGACCCACAGCAGCCACAGAUAAAGUUUUCACUGAAGCUGAUUGGGCAGAUGCUGAGACAGCGGAACCUCUUACCAAGUCUCUCAUUCUCGCUGAAAAAUCUGCAUGGGACUUUGUUAAGGAACUUACAGAUGCAGAUAAAAUUGAUCUCUGUGUUAUGAAUCCUACAUUACCACUUGGGCCACCACUUCUUGAUGCUCAGCCAGAUGUUGUAAAAAUGCUCUUGGAUCGGGGCAUUACUGGAUGUCCCAGAGUUUCCUAUUCUGUUGUAGAUGUCAGGGAUGUGGCUGCUGCCCAUGUUAAGGCUCUGGAGCUUGAUAGUGCUUCUGGGAAUCGCCACAUUCUUCAUGGUGGAAAUUUAUGGAUGAAGGAUAUUGCUUUGGCCUUGGCUAAAGAGUUCAAGCCCCAAGGUUACAGUAUUCACACCAUGAGCCUCCCUAAUGUUGCUCUUUGGGGGUUGAGUUUGUUCAACAAGACCGCAAAAACAUUCUUACCUAUUGUUGGUAAACAAAGCCAGUUUGAUAAUGCAAGGAUGAAGGAUGUGUUAGGUAUUACACCCAGGGAUGUGAAGGAGACCAUCAUUGAAGAGGCCAAUGUUCUUGUUGAGAAGGGUCUAGUCAAGAAGCCCAAGAGGGUGCGCAACCAGGGUGCAGCCGCUGCUGCUGAUGCAGAGACCAAAGUAGAAGAAGGAACAGAGAAAAAAGAAGAAACAAUCGAGGAGAAGCCAAAAGAAAAUGGUGAUGUGAAAGAGGAAGAUGGUGAGAAAACAGAAGAGAAAGGAGAAGAGAAAACUGAAGACAAGCCUGAGGAAAAGAAAGAGGAAGAAGAGAAGAAAGAGGAGGAGAAACCUGCCACAGAAGAGAUCAAAACAGAAGCCCCAACAGAAACAGUGGAAGAAAAGGCAGAGAAUUAAAUAAUCACAUAUUUCACACAGUCCAGUAAGGUAAAAGCAUUUGUCAGCCUACUUGGUUUUUUCAUGGAAGGGUGGGGAAUUUGGAAAUAGGUUCUUUGUUAGCUAUUAAAAUUGUCUUCAGAUUAAUUAAUUAAUUGAAUAAUAGUUUGUUGUAUUUGCUUUCUCUGUGCCAGUGCUAACUUUAAAUCAUUAUGGGGGGAAAUAUUAAUUUGUAUGGAAAUAUUUUUGUUUAUUGUGCAUAUAUUUGAAAAUGUUACUUUAAAAAAUCGCGUGUUUGAUGACAUAAGCCCCAUCUUUAUACAUAGCCCACUAGCAUUGAUUGUGUAAAUGGUGUAUGCAUUUGGAAAUCUUUUUGUGGGUUAUAAUGCAUUGAUGGAUAAAUAUGUGUCUGAUAUGCUGGCAAGUUAUUGUCGACA